AAAAAUCGACCAAGAUUCUAAAAAUGUAGUCAUGACUUCAUCGAUAUUUUAAACGCACGGAGCUAUACCCUACAGAAACGAAAAGACAAAACUCGACGUGCCUAAGUAACGGCAAAACUUCUUCAAGCUAACAGAAAAGAUACUAAUGGCAUAUCGUUCUGGACGACAAUAUUUGGCAGUGCUAUUAUUGGCAUGUCUAACAGCCGCAAACGUUGACGAAUCCGCGCAAGAAAAUCCACAAUGCCGUAACAGCGCCGUAAAUUAUAACGUAACAUUAACAAAUGGAGGCAAAUCUGGAAAGUUUUACAAACUCGACAAAGUGCAUAAAAUCGAUGACUGYAUCAAUACGUGCUGCGACAGCAAGAAAUGCGACGUUGCUUUUGUUGUUAAGAAGACAUGUUACAUGGUAGAGUGUUAUAGCAAGGAGUCUUGUGGUAUACAGCAAGCUAAUGAAUUAUCAUUGGGUACAGUUUUAUCGGUGGUAGCAAAGAAAUCUACGAUUAGUGAUAACGAAAAGGGGGCAGAGCCUGCCGUCGAAGAGAAUUUAGCAGAGCAGGCAACAAGUCCUUAUAUAAAAGACGAUGGAAUGACAACAAUCAGCGCUUUUGGAACUGGUAAAUACAGACGAACYAAGAGAUCGUCSGACAUWAUCGACCUCGUGGUAGCGGUUGGGUGUGGUACAGURGCAGUUGCGGUGGGCGUGGCAGGGGUUAUAAUGAUGACAAGACGGUUGAUUGACAAUAGUAAAAACUCAGCGGCAUAAUGACUUCUACGAAAGAGACUUUUAGAAAAUGCUCAUAGCAUUGGAUGUAUAGAUGAAUWUAUUUCAUUAACGUGUAAAAUAAGUGUUCUACUAUAGGGAUGUAAAUAAUACCUAAUAAUAAUAAUUUAAUAUUAAUUUAUUAACUUACAGUGGUGACCAUUUUAAAGAGGGAACCAAACCUUUGCAUGAAGACGGAGGUAGAUCGGAGCCUGCAGUACUUCAUGUGUAUAACCGCAUGAGAAUUGAGAAAAACUGCCUUCCGAAAAGUCGAUAGAAACGCGAUAAACUGAUAUAAAGAGAAUGAAUGCAAAAAWGAAAUGAAAUAGGAUAAGUAGCAGGAGAAAUGGAACUCUCAGUUAGCCAUGACGCAUAUUGGUUAUUGAACAUCAGUUCAAUUAUAGCAACCUUUUUAAACGUGUUGUCUCUAGUUCUUAUAACCAUGUUUCACCUUUGAAACGUAAAAAUGACUGAAUGAUAUCUUAGUGAUAAAAACGAUAACUGAGUUUUAUAUCAGUUUAAUUAACUAGACGUAUUGUGUGAGUUAUAAAAAUAGCUCAUUGUGGCCUACUGUAGCAACAGCUUCAAAGGAAGAAUUAUAARUCUGACACUGAAAAAUACAAUAAAAUAUUAUUUUCAUACAUGGA